CCUAACUCCUUAGUACUUCUACUACUUCCCGCCUCCCCCAGCCCUAACCAAAACGCUGGCCUGUAACGCCAUUCUACAGGAACUCUACUUGGCUUAGGGUUUCCAGUAGAAAAACAUCAAUCUUCUGCUGCAAUUUUGUUCAUCUUAUCCGCCGAAACCAGCCAGGUAUUGCGUUGAGUUUUUCCCCUUCAUCUGUAUUCCUUCUCCAUAACUUGCUGCUACCAACCGUAUUAGACAUAUUUCGAUGCACUAGAAUUUGUUGAACUCUGUUCGUUAUAACAGAAUUUGCAUGCUACUCUUUGGAUGGAACAUUCUACUGUAGUUUGCUUGGAAGACAAGGAGAGGCAGAACGAAUCGAUAUGGCAGGGGUGAACUCUGGGAGGUUGAAGAAAGCUCCCAAGCUUAAGAGCCAUGGUGGCAUUGUUGCAACUUCUCAAGGAAUCGACAGGAUGAGCUAUCUCCCGGACAACAUUCUGCAUCACAUUCUGUCGCUCCUCGACACGAAAUCCCUCGUUCAGACCAGCCUCCUGUCCAAGAGGUGGGGACGCGUGUGGAAAGAAGUUCCCGUCCUCAAUUUCAGCAAUGUCUGCUUCAAAUGCUCGUCGAGCUUCGAAGAACACGUAAUCAAGAUUCUGUCUCUUCGAUCCGACUCUGCAGCUGUCUCCCGUGUGAACUUCAAAGUCUGGAGUUGGAUAGACUGUCAGUACGCGUUUUCCUGCUCUACAGACCUGUUCGACAGGGUCAUGAAGUAUGCUGCCUCCAAUGGCCAUCGUGGCAGUCUUCGCCACUUGUCCAUCAGCCAUUCCGGGAAUUACCUUGUAGAACUGGCCCUGGCUGCCUCCAUUAAGGCUCAUCACCAUCACCAUCAGUCUCUCAAGACCCUCAAUUUGGAAUCAUUCUCUCUGGAGUUGGAUGGCGGUUCUGGUUCUGGUGCAACACUGUUCUCUGGCUUCAAUCAGCUUACGAAUCUUGAACUGCACAACUGUUGUAUGACAUCUUCUGUUUCGAGUGUCGUCGAGCCUUUCGUCGAUCUCCCUUGUUUGAAACACCUCAGACUAGUCGAUUCCUAUGUAUCACCGCCUUGCUUGUUGAAAGUGUCUGGACCCGGGCUGCUGGACCUGCAAAUUCACAGUACGUUUGUGAGGUAUCAUAAAUUUGAAGUCUUUGCUCCAAAGCUGAAAUCCCUCUGCUUUCGGGGCGGUCUGGAGCAGCUCGUCCGGUUGAAUCUUCCUUCUCUCGACCAUGCCAAAUUCGGAGUCCGGAUUAAGCUGCAGAAGGAGAUAGAAGCUAUCCACGGAGCUUGUAUGAGACUGUUGCCUCAACUGCAUAAUGUCAAAUCUUUCAACUUAACCUGUUUUCUUGAAAGGUCUCCUAAUACCAUAAUAAAGUCCUUUGAGUUUCGCCGAAAUUCUACAUAAACAACGAGGACCUGAGAUCGACUGUAGCAGUAAUAUUGUCGAUUAUUUAACAUAUCCAAUUUAAUUAUUAUAUUGUAAUUCUUUCUUUUUACCACUAAUGACAUAUCUUGAGUUGAUUUACUCUUUCUAUAUAGACAUGGAAGAAGAAAAGAAGAGAAGCAAAUAGUACAUAGAAUGUUAUGAAAAGUAGGCAACCUACCUACAUUUAACUUCCCUUUCCAACUUCUGUCAAAAAAUUUACCUAUAACUCCCCCCCUUAAGAUUUUAUGUUCUUGAUUUCUAAGCUAAUUACCUAUUUUGUCCCUUGUUUUGGUGGGAAACAUCGAGCCAUACCCUUCCUUCCACGUGCACCCUACCACCACCAUCAGGCUAUUAAGAUGAAUUAUCAAUAUAUGCUAAUUAAUAAUCAUAGUGAUAUUGAAUAAUUAAGGUGUGAUGUCACACAUUGAUCAACCCACACAAUUCCCAUUGAUGAUGAGUAGCCAUGUAUAUCGUAAUUGUAACUUUUUUUUGUAUUUAUUUCUCUUCUCGUAUGAUAUAACAUUGUCAUUUUGAAUACACAUGUUAAUACGGCGCUACGCAUCAAAUCAAUUUACAACUUCGAUCAUGGUACAUACUUAAGAAUGCUAUCAAAAACUAACUUUCCGAGUGAGUUCUGAAACCGUCUGUAACUAUCGGAAGGGACAGAGAAACUCAAACAAGCAUUGAAGAUUCAAAUAGUCAAUUAGCAUUACUACAUCCGUCAUAAUAUAGGAUUUUAUCGGGG